AUGUAUAAAAGUGUCUGCAUAAUAUAUUGUCACGUGCUUCUCCUCCUGUGCUUGCUGCACGACGAUGGUUGGCGGGCCUACGGACAAGAAACCGAAGACAUUCUCGAUACGACCACAACUCGUCCAGUUGUAGUCCACUUGCCAGAUCUUGGACGCGUCCAAGGCAAACGACAGUCGGGAAUCGACUUUUUCGGGGGGUUGCCCUAUGCCGCUCCCCCCGUCGGUCACUUGCGAUGGGCUCCACCGGAACCACCAGCGCCCUGGGCACCCGCCAAACUAGACGCUACCCACUUCGGUCCCGACUGUUGGCAGCUCGUCGAUCCCUUGCUCAAUCCAGGAGCCGAAGUCGCACGCAUGUCGGAAGAUUGUUUGUAUCUUAACGUAUUUACUCCGGCGGGACACGCUUCGCGGCACGAGCGACUGCCCGUGCUUGUCUGGUUGCACGGCGGUGCCUUUCAACAAGGGGGCGCUCGACGCUCCGAAUACGACGGACGUCGUCUCGCCGAGCGCGGCACCAUUGUGGUGACAAUCAACUACCGGCUUGGUGCGCUGGGAUUCUUGGUCAGUAGCGUCGACGGCUUGUUUGGAAACUUUGGACUCAUGGAUCAGCGCGCCGCCUUGCACUGGGUACAGGAGAAUAUUGCUAAAUUUGGAGGAGAUCCGGAUAGCGUCACGUUGUUUGGAGAGUCGGCGGGGGCAGUCAUGACAGGAUUGCACCUCAUGAUGGAAGGGGCGGGAUCGCUUUUUCAUCGAGCUAUUAUACAGAGCAAUCCGCUGGGCUGGCAAGUACGAGCCAUUGUAGUAGCUGACUUUAUCGGUGAAGCAAUGAAACGUUCCGUAGAUUGUCGAGAUGUGGCCUGUCUCCGGGCGGAGCGUGUGGAAGAGAUUAUGCGUGCGCAGUCCAGCCUCAUGGGAGUCCCAAGGAGUGUGGGCGAUUUUUUUACCUGGGGUCCAACCUUGACGGAAGAGCUCAAGCUCACCGUCGGAGGGCGCACACCGUUUGGCUCCACUUCCCCCCUUAGUCGUGAGCACGUCAUGUUCCGAGACUUGGACUCUUGGAAAUGGCAAAACAACCGCGAUACGUCCUGGGCUGCCGUCAACGUCACACAGCCGCUGAAAAAUUUGAAUCUCAUACCCGACGAUAUACCCGUCAUUAUUGGUGCCAACAAGCAUGAAGGCGAAAUGUUUGUACACGGUGCUUUCCCCAUCACCAUGUCGAAAACUGUCUAUUGGAUGUUCGUUGGGGCCCUAUUUCGAGAUAGUGCUUCGAGGGUAUUAAAACAUUACCGCGCGUACGUGGAUCAAAUAGAGCGGGAAGCCGAAGAACUUGCCCGAUGCCAAAUCGAAGAAGAGGAGAACCGGCAAUACUAUUUAGAGCACAAAGAGCAACUCGAUCACGAGUAUCAGUUACUACUGGAAAUGAAUUCGACUAAGGAAGGAGUCGAAGCUAUCUCGGACAUUGAAACGUUGGUACAGACCUGGAGCCGCGGUGGCGCAUUCUUUCACCGAGACCAACACGAUGACACAACCAAUCAUACACCGUGGCAUCGUCGUGUCUGGCCUUUUGCGCGGAACAAUACAGAAGAAGCAAUUUUGGAGCGUGCCAGACUACGCGAGGAGCGCCGAAAACUUCGAAUCAAAGAACGUGCUUUGAAAGCAGCGGCCAGGGUAGUGGUGGACUAUCGUCCCGUCAUGAGUCGGAUCAUUGACGACUACUUGUUUCGAUGUCCGGCGUGGCACUACGCUCAUUCUUUAAGCCGCAACCGCAUUUAUCGUGGCAAGCGAAACAAUGUGUAUGUGUAUCAGUUCAGCCAUUCGACGCACAUCCCAGGCUACGAGGAGUGCUGGGGCAAAUCUUGUCAUACGUCCGAGAUUCCCUAUGUCUUUCAGGCCAUGGAUAUCAUUCGGAGCAACUAUUCUACACUCGGUCCGCACGCUCAAAGGGAAGCCCCGUCCACUCCGGAGUACCCGUACACCGAUAUGUUGGUAGCGUACCGUGAGGCCAUGGAUGCAGCCUAUCGGCAAUACGAUGAUGAAGAGGACGCUGACGUGGAGACUCCCUCAAACGCUACCAACCAUGGUAGCACAAGCAGCAAUCUCUUUCAGCACUCGAUGCGAUUUCAACGAUUGGUGAAUCACUUUUUUGGCGAUUACUUCAAAGAAGACGCGGACGAAGAAAUCGCCAGUGACAUGGCUGACCGAUGGGUUUCCUUUGCCAAAACAGGCGACCCAAAUUACGAAGGCAGUAAAGCAUACUGGCGACCUUGGCGAUAUAUACUGGACGAACGGUUGGGCCGAGACAAGGAAAGACCUUGGGAACCUCAGGACUUUGACAAAAUAUUUGAUCCCGAGAUCGAGGACGACUGGGACGAAAACGAUACCACCCUAAUUGAGCGGUAUGUUUGGUCAGACGAUCCAGGAGAACGUACCUACCGCCGCCGGGCGUUGCACGCGCUCGCAAUGGAGGUUGUCGAUGAAGACGUCUUCCAAACCAUGCUACGUCGGACACCAAGAGGUCACGAAGACGAUAAUCCUUUUAACAGCUUUUUGUUCGGCAGCGCAUCAAAACCAAAAGACGGUCACCAGGAACGGCUUAUGUCGCGACAAGCCAUGCGCCAGCUACAGGAGAUUGCUCAAAAUAUGGGUGUACUGGGUACGGGGCUACAGGGGGAAGCGCGCCGGGGACACGUCGGCGAUACCUGGGAUGAAGACUUCUUUCCUGAAAUUUUGGAGCUCAAAUGGCCACCGGAAGGACGCCUCGUCGAACGUGAUUGUACUUGCGACAUGUGGGACCGGAUCCGAUACCGCUACUAGCUAAGAAACUGUAAAAUAUUAUGUAGGCAGUUCAUAACACACCGCU